AUGCGUCCGAAGUCAAUUGUUUGGAAAUAUUUUAAAAAAGUUGAUGGCAAGACAGUUACUUGCCAAAUUUGUAAAAAAGAUUUAAAAUAUUUUGGCGGUACAAGCAAUAUUAAACAACAUUUAAUUAGAAUCCACCCAAUCCAGUUUGCCGCCGAAAAUGAUACCCCUACGGAAGAAGAAAGUUAUUUGGAAGUCACUGAAGUCUCAACACCACAGCCUCAAACUUCUAAUAUUACAAACAAAAUUCAAGAAACACAAGAAUUUACUUCUCUUUCGGGUCCUUCUGGCGUAAAUACAUCCACAUCAGAAGUCAUAUCAAGAAAAAGACCCAAGCAAUUAAAAUUAUAUGGUGGUGAAAGCAAUGUUGAGAUAUCGGAAACAAAAAUACAGCAAAUUGAUAAUGCUUUGAUCAAUAUGCUAACCAAAGAUUAUCAACCCUUGUCUUUGGUUGAAAAUCAAGGAUUUUUGGAAUAUUCAAGAGCUUUGCAACCUUUAUACAAACCUCCUAGCCGAAAAAAAAUUACUUAUGAUCUAUUACCAAAAAAAUACGCAGAAGCAACCUCAGCCUUAAAAAACAUUUUAAGCAAUGUGAAAUAUAUUUCACUCACAACAGAUAUCUGGACUUCUGAUAGUACAAGGGCUUAUAUUACAGUGACUGCACAUUUUGUGAGUGAAGACGUAUUGUGUUCAGGCGUUUUAGCAACACGUGAACUACCCGGAUCCCAUACCGGAGAAAAUAUUGGCACGGCUCUAAAAAACCUUUUUAGUGAAUGGGACAUUGAAAACAAAAUAGUGGCAAUUGUUUCGGAUAAUGGGGCUAAUAUUAAAAAUGCCAUUACAGAACACCUUCAACUACACCAUGUUCCAUGUGUGGCGCAUACAUUAAAUUUGAUAGUGAGCGACUCCUUAAAAAGUGAAACACUAGAAAUUAUUUUUAAAAAAUGCCGAAAUCUGGUGGGACACUUUAAGCAUAGUAGCCUGGCAAGUGACAAACUAAAAUCGGUUCAGGAGCAAAUGCGACUACCGCUAUUAAAAGUCAAGCAAGAUGUGCCAACUCGAUGGAACUCCUGCUUUAUCAUGCUUAAAAGAUUAAAUGAAAUAAAAGAACCUCUAUGUGUUGCUUUGGCCAGUUCGACGAAACCACCUCAGUUUCCUACUGUAGAGGAGUGGGACAUAAUUAAUGAAAUCAUUAAAGUCUUAAAAUCUGCUGAUGAUAUGACUACAAUAAUUUCUAGUCAGAGCUACCCUACUUUAUCAAUGGUAAUUCCUUUAGUUCGAGGCUUUCAGUACACCUUGAGAAACAUUAAUACGGUUACAGAAGUAGGCACGGCACUAAAAUUAAAAUUGCUUGAAACCAUGAAUCGUCGAUUUGGUGGAUUUGAAACCAGCAAAAUCGUAGCAAAAGCGUCAUUCAUGGACCCGCGAUUCAAGAAGUUGGCUUUCGGUAAUGAGGAAAAUGCUAAUAGUGCAGAAAAAUGGGUAUCAGAGGAAUUAAAGCUAAUGUUUGCCCUUAAAAAAAAUCAGACAUUCAAUAUUCAGUCGAGUCAACAACCUCAAGCAGAAGAACAGGAAGAAAAUAUUUUGCCUAACAUUUGGGCUCAUUUUGACAAAAAAAUAUCAGCGGUAAAGACAUAUUCAACUCCGGCUAGUAUGGGUAUGAUAACAAUUAGGCAGUAUUUAGAAAUGGAAAUAUUAGACCGAAAAAAAGAUCCUUUCCUAGAAUUUUGGGCCAAACAUAAACUUAGUUUUGCAGAGCUAUACGAUUUAGCUUUAAAAUACUUAAGUAUUCCAGCAACUUCUGUGCCUUCCGAAAGAGUUUUUUCCAAAGCCGGACAGCUAACUAAUUCUAGAAGAAAUAGACUUUCUCCAAAAAACCUGGAUCAGAUUAUAUUUUUAAAUUCUCAGUUUUAA